GGCUUCCUGCGGCUGGCCUUGGCAGGGAUCACCCUGCCCUCCGCCUCCUCCAGCGUCUACUACGUGCUCUUCGUGGGGCUGUGCACGUGGUGGGCUUGCCACGUCCCCGCCGGCCGCGCCGCCUUCGACGUGCUCUGCGGCCUCGUCGGCCUCUACGCCGGCGCCCACCUGCUCUGCCUCUACGCCUACCAGACGCCCUUCGUGCAGGGGGUCUUCCCGCCCCCCACGCUCUGGGCACGCCUCUUCGGCUUCAAGGACAUCAUCGUCUACGCCAACUGCUCCCGGCCCAACGCCCUGGUGCUCAACACUGGCCACCCCUGGCCCGUCUAUGCCCACCCUGGCAUCCUGCUCCUGCUCUACUACACCGUGGCCACGCUGCUCAAGCUGCGGCGCCUCGAUGCUGCCCAGAGGAGAGCCCGGCUGCCGGAGCGGAGCCGGGACCGGGAGCUGGUGGAGCUGGAGAGCUGGCCCAGGAAUGGCGAUGGGCUGGCUGAGGACACCAAGGCACGAAGCGGCGCUCAGAGCGGCCACUGCUGCACACGCUGGGUCACGUCAUCAUGA